GUUUGCCCUGCCUAUACUUCCUGCCUGGGUACUGGCCAAUCAGCAUUUUAAUUAUACAGAGUGAUAUCCACUGCACCAGAAUCUAGUUGAAACCCUUUGCCAGCAGAGAAAUAAAAAGUGUAGCACAAUUAACUAUUGGCUAAGGCCUUUUUCCCUUCGCAGCUAUAAACAAUGUAAUUUCUAAGACUCUUCAACAGAUACUCUGUAGACAGAGAAAGGACAUGUACUAAACUCCUCCUGCAACCCCAGUGGCUUCUGGUUUUACCUUAUCAGAUUAUAAUUCCAUCCAAGGCUUCUUCAGGGCCUUUUUAUAAUUUCAUUUAUCAUGAUAGAGAAAAGAAGAAACUGUUUCCUAGCAACCUUUUUAGAUAUAACUCAAGAGUUAACAAAAAUGGUAGAUAUGGCUAAUGCUAAGACAACUGAGACUCCUUGAGGAAGCUCCCACCUACACUUGUGCAUGUGUUACUUUUUGUGACUGUCUUGCAAAGAAGCCCACACCCAAGCUCUUUCUUACUUUCUUUCCUUGAGUACCUCUCUUUCUCCUAACCCUUACACUUAAGCCUACAUUAAAAUAUCUUUAAUAAAAUAUCCAGCUCUGCUUCAUAAAAGAGUCCUAAAAUUCUUUUCCACAUGGAAGCCACAAAUCCAGGCUCGAGGUCCCUAAAGUAUUAAAGGAACUCCUCUGUUGGUGAGGGGGAGGGUGUGGAGCUGUGCCACUGUCCUCACAUCUCUGACACAGUGGGGGAAUAAAAGUUAGUGGAAUAAAAAUAGAAAGAGGCUAGUCUGUGCUUGAAAAGGAUGGAUGAUUAGGGAAGGAGAAGACAUUUGAAUUGGUUUUCGGGGAUAGCUGAAAUUGCCAUGCACUCAGUGGGGAAACACUUCCCAAGAUGAGGGUCAGCAGCAAGCACAAGGCUGGGGCCAUGCUAUGCUGGGAAAUGUCAACUAGUUUCUGUGUGCUCUGUAAUGAACUGUGUCCGGGAAAGUGGUGAGUGAUGACACUGCCAACAUAUUUGGGGCAACCCUCACCUAGAUACAGAGACUUGCCAGAGUGCUACCUGGAGUGAUUUUUGAAAACAUGGUCUGGAAUUUCAUGGACUGUAAUUAAAUAUGGCCAAUUUUGCGUGUUCCAUCUUGUGAGUUAUCAGAAAUCUUGCUACAUAUUACUUUCCCCUGACCACCUUAGGAAUGUAUUUCUAAAAUAACCUAUUUAAGGUCAGUCAGAAUAAAUCAUAAUCAGGAGAGUGUAAGUUAAGACAGGAUAAAAAUAUGCAUCAAGAUGACUUGAAGUCAUGUCUAGUUGACUAGAUAUCACCAAUGGGUAGCCUAAGGGAAUUUUAGCUGACUUGUACUGCUUGCAUUUGGGAGCCACAUGGAGUUCAAUUGCAUAAAGAACUCCUCAAAUCACAAUGAAGUGAGUUGGGAAUUUUGCUUUAUCUCUGUUAUGAGUGUAGCUGAUUUGAAGUGUGAGCACAAUGCUUUAAGUUUAAAAUGGUUAAAAUGUUUUUAUUAUAAAGUAAUGCCUUAUUGUGGGGAAUAGCAACAAGGGUUGGUAUAUGGGUGUGGAAUAUGAGCAUAGAAGAGUAUAAGUGAAAACAAUAUCUCCCACCUAAGCAAGAAACUCAGAGUCACAAUAGUACACUAGUUUUGUUGUUACAGGUUAAGCCCAUUAAAAUCAGUUUUAAAAAACAUAACAUUUCAUCAGAUCUACCACUUCCCUUAUGCAUGCCUCUAUGAGAAUGCUUUUCUCACUCUUACCUCAUUAUUAAACUUUCUUAAUGCUUUCAGACUAAAAUGUUAAGGUUACAAGCAGUGGAAAGGUGUGUAAUUCAAACAGUAAUUUAAUAUUGACAUAGGAUCCAACUGAGAUUCAAGUUUUGAUAUAUCAAUAAAUACUACAAGGUCCUAGGUAUCCAUCCUUUCUCUAGACCACCAAGUCUACAAUAUAACACGAGGAUGUACCCAAUAAAUAUUGGUUAUUUGAAUAAAUGAAUGAAUGGGUGUAUGUGCAGUUUUAUUUAUUCUUCUCCCAAAAGUCAGUCUCUCUCUGACAAAUGCCCUAUUUGGGCUAGACAAUUGGGAUGUAAACAACUCGAUUUUAUGCUAUGUAUACCCCCUGGGAAGCUGCACGAGCUGAGAGCCCGGUGGUCAACCUUCUUUCACUGGUAGAUGUGACUUCUCUGUGGGAACCAACUUUUCCAGGUUCUCUUGUCUGCUUGUGAUAUUAGAGACAGAGAAGGGACUGCUGUUCUGCUCAGUUCUGCUCCUGAACUUUUGAAAGGACUCCAGAAAAUCCAGCCUCUGCCCUAGCUGCGCAGAAGCCUCCGUCCCUGCUUCACACCAGAGGCAGCACGCAGUGGAAGCGAUUCCUCAAUGGAGAAACACCAGAGGGAAGAAGGGUGCCACUGCUCCCUUGGGAUGAGGCAAACCCUCUGCCACCACAGCAGAGCAGCUGGUCCAACUGGAAACCUCAGAUAAGUCCAGUUCUGGCCAAAACUGGUUUGGCAGCUCUGGAGAAAUGUUUCUGACUGACUGACCCUCACAGCAGGUGCUGGUAGUUUUGCAAAAAGAGAAAAGGGAGCAAAGAGGGUGGGGGUAGACUAAAGGAACUAAAGAGGGUGGCUAAAUUCAAAACUCUCAACUUCGCCUCACUUGCAAGUUAACACUUGGGAAUUCACGUAAAAUUACUACCAGCCCACCAGCCUCAGUCCUUCCCUCACCCUCCCGUCCUUUGCAAAAAUAGUUUUGUUGCAAUGCAGUUUGUUCUGCAGCGCAAUUGUUGAAACUACUGAAUUCGGCCGAAAGCGACUUUUAGCAGUGUUUCCCGCACCCUGCAAUGCUACUGUUACUAUUAAGGCGAUUGAAUCUCCGCUCUUUCCCCUCCUUACUGCAAUCGCACUCCGGCUGUGAUUGCUCGGGUCUGACUUCGCAAGUGGCGGUGCGCUUCCAAACCCCCUCAUCCGCCCCUCGCCCGGCUCUCCCCACUCCCUCCUUUUCCGCGCCCAGGCGAGAGCAGCCGAUUGGCAGAGCGGGGCUUUCAGGAACAAUAACAGUGGGGGGAGUCGGGGCCCCGGGGAGCCUCCCCGCCCCCGGCCCGGCUGCGGCUCACGCCCCCCGCGGGGUCCCCACCUCCGCGCCGCCCCGCGGGCUGACCGGCGCCCGGGCCCGCCCCCGGCGCCCACCAUGUACGCCUUUGUGCGGUUCCUGGAGGACAACGUCUGCUACGCGCUGCCCGUGUCGUGCGUGCGCGACUUCAGCCCCCGCUCGCGACUGGAUUUUGACAACCAGAAGGUGUACGCAGUGUACCGGGGCCCGGAGGAGCUGGGCGCCGAGCCCGAGAACCCCCCGCGUGCCCCCCGGGACUGGGGCACGCUGUUGCUCCACAAGGCCCAGAUCCUGGCUCUGGCAGAAGACAAAUCUGAUCUUGAGAACAGUGUGAUGCAGAAGAAAAUAAAAAUCCCCAAACUUUCUCUCAGUCACCUAGAAGAUGAUGGGGAGGUUAAAGACUACGGGGAAGAAGAUUUACAGCUCAGACACAUCAAGGAUUGUCUGGGCAAAUAUUGAGCUGCAGUCCAAGAAAGUCCCAGCUGCCCUUGCCUGAACUGAUUCUCGUUGUCCUACACAGAGACCGGAGGGGCGAAAGCCUAGUGAAGCGGCCCACAAGAGUAUCGAGGCAGUGGUGGCCCGGCUAGAGAAACAGAACGGCCUGAGCCUGGGUCACAGCACUUGUCCGGAAGAGGUCUUUGUGGAGGCCUCACCGGGCACAGAGGACAUGGACAGCCUGGAGGAUGCUGUUGUGCCCCGGGCUCUGUAUGAGGAGCUGCUGCGAAACUACCAGCAGCAACAGGAGGAGAUGCGCCACCUCCAGCAGGAGCUGGAGCGGACUCGGAGGCAGCUUGUCCAGCAGGCCAAGAAGCUCAAGGAGUACGGGGCACUGGUGUCUGAAAUGAAGGAGCUCCGAGACCUCAACAGGAGACUCCAAGAUGUGCUGCUCCUGCGGCUUGGCAGCGGUCCCGCCAUUGACUUGGAAAAAGUAAAGUCAGAAUGUCUCGAGCCCGAGCCGGAGUUACGGAGCACUUUCAGUGAGGAAGCAAAUACGUCGUCCUAUUACCCCGCUCCUGCACCUGUCAUGGACAAGUAUAUCCUAGACAAUGGCAAGGUUCAUCUGGGCAGUGGGAUUUGGGUUGAUGAGGAGAAAUGGCACCAGCUACAAGUAACUCAAGGAGAUUCUAAGUACACGAAGAACUUGGCAGUCAUGAUCUGGGGAACAGAUGUUCUGAAAAACAGAAGUGUCACGGGAGUCGCCACAAAAAAAAAGAAGGAUGCAAUCCCGAAGCCACCCCUCUCUCCUCACAAGCUAAGCAUCGUCAGAGAGUGUUUGUAUGACAGAAUAGCACAAGAAACAGUGGAUGAAACUGAAAUUGCACAGAGACUCUCCAAAGUCAACAAGUACAUCUGUGAGAAAAUCAUGGAUAUCAACAAAUCUUGUAAAAAUGAAGAGCGAAGGGAAGCAAAAUACAAUUUGCAAUAAACUUUGGAUUUUUUCAUAAAGGCUUCGCAUUUUCCUUGUGUGGCGUGUGCAUUGCGGGCAAUGGUGCCAUCCAAAUAGACCCUACCAGCAUGGCCAUGUCUGGGCAGAAGGCCUUCAGGGCACUGAUGUCAGUGUCUUAUUCUGGACUUGGACUUCCUACUUCAAAGAAGGCAGAUGGAUUUGCUGAGACUCAACAGGGCCUCACGUCCCCACCAGUGUUGUUGAGGGGUGGGAAAAGCACUUUUCACAGGGCUCUAAAGCAUCAGCGUAAGGGACCACAAUAUGAACUGUUCUUUUUACCAUCGGAGGACAUCUAUCUCUGCUCCUCUAUUUUGUUCUACAAUAAAACUCCAUUAAUUCUUGAUGUA